AUGGGUUGGUGGCAGAUUGAAGCUGAGCUUGCAGACAUCUGCACCAGCAUCCUCGGCCUCUUGGACGAGUACCUUGUCCCUUCAGCCUCUUCGGGGGAGUCCAAGGUGUUCUAUCUGAAGAUGAAGGGAGAUUACCACCGCUACCUUGCCGAGUUCAAGUCAUCGGCAACGCGCAAGGAAGAAGCAGAGCAGACUUACUUGGCUUACAAGGCUGCACAGGACAUCGCCCUCGCUGACUUGGUGCCCACUCACCCCAUUCGUCUGGGCCUGGCCCUCAACUUCUCAGUUUUCUACUAUGAGAUUGAAAAUUCUCCAGACAGGGCAUGUUACCUAGCGAAGCAGGCUUUUGAUGAGGCUAUCCAGGAGCUUGACAAGCUGGGCGACGAGUCAUACAAGGAUAGCACGCUCAUAAUGCAGUUGUUGAGGGACAACCUGACGUUGUGGACCUCGGACAUGCAGCUGCAAUCUAGACAUUGGGAUGAGUAG